AUUCUUGACUGGGAAAUACACCAGAGAAUCAUUAGCUAAUGCAAAAACGGGUGAUGAUCUGAGCAAUCUGCGUAAUAAUUUAGUUAUUGGUGCAGCAGCAAAUGAACAAAAUUGGAAAAUCCUUGAUGAAGUUAUGGCUAUUGCUGCCGAAACCAAGAGAAGUCCUGUUCAGGUCGCUUUGAAUUGGAUAUCACAAAAACCUGGCAUUACUUCUCCUCUUAUUGGUGCUAGAACAAAAACUCAAUUAGUUGAAAAUCUUAAAGCUCUUGAAUUCAAGUUAGAUUCUGUAUCAACACCAAAAGAAGCACCAUUUCCGUAUACUGUAUCUACCCUCCUUGAAGGAUUUAUUGGUAAAGGAAUACAAAUUCCCGACAAGUUUAAACCCGUGUUAAAAAUGGGAGCACAAGGAGAAUU